AGUAGGCCUUGCAUGUAAUUCAACAAUCAAAUGCACAGAAUCAGAAAGGAAACGCUAGAUUUUAGACUAUUGUCAGCUAUCGUGUAUUAAAAUUAAAGUCACUUGGAUUCUAGACUAAUUUGCCCCCAUCAUAGGCAUUAGAUCUAGUCUGUAGUAGAUAGUUGUAAGAUGCCUGAAUAAAUGGGGUGCACAUACUCAGGACACAACAAAAAUCAAGAUGGUGUUCGGUCUUUCCGUGUCCACAAUGUGGAUGAUCAAGGUGUAGAGCUGAACAGAGGUACAAUAGAGAUCACAGAUAAGGAUCUUGUUCUUCGUCAGAAGGGGAAGGAGGCCAUUAGGUGGCCCUUGCAUGGUCUGCGGCGCUAUGGAUUUGAUGCUGAGCUUUUCUCAUUCGAAAGUGGUCGGAGAUGUGCUAUGGGGCCUGGUAUUUAUGCUUUCAAGUGUUCCCAUGCUGAAUCUCUGUUCAAUUUAGUGCAAGACACACUCCAGAAGGCAGGAGAGGAGGCACAGAGAAAUCAACAGCUCAGCCAUGGUCACAGCACUUCAAGUACAGGAUUGCAACAUACUAGUCAAACAAGGCUAACAUCUUCAAAUAUGCAAGGUGGAGAAUCUCAUGGCCAAACAGCUGAGAGAAUGUUUAUAUUUAACAGCACAAGACAGGAUGGAGAGGAUAUAGACAGUGAUAGAAACGGCAGCUCUCACUUGUAUGUGAAUGGCCUUGUGGUGGAGGAUACAGGACAUGAGUAUGUGAACACCGCCACUGGCAGGUCUACGAAUGGUGCUUAUCCCAUUGAUGAGACAGCGGCUCUGAUUGACUUUUUGCACAACCCACCUGGCAUUAGGAAAGGGGCUACUCGUUCACAGGUGAACUAUGCAGAGCUCUGCAUGCCUGAUGCCCAGCCUAGUGUCAACAGCAUGGAGAACCUGCUGGAUGAAAACGGAGUGGGUGCCGUGCACAAUGUGGAGCGCAGAACUGCUGGAAUAGAUGUAAACAGCAGGCUUUCUCGUCAGAGUUUAUCAGCUGGAGGUUUUAGCACAGACAGCAGCAUUCGAAUCUCUCUUCCCAAUGAUUUUAUAAGCGUGCCAUCCCAAGACUGCAUACUUCAAGCCUCUGAUUCAGAUGUCUUUUUGCCGGCCUCUUCCAAUUACGUCAACCUAUACGUGAAGGACACAGCAUCACCAGCUGCACCCGCAGUAUUUGAUGAGAUUCCGCUUCCACCCUCUAGUGAGGUUCACAUUGCAGCUCAAGCCUGGGGUCCUAAACCUGCUCCCACAAGAACAAGAUUAAACAGGCCAUUGGUCAAUUAUAUCAUGAUUGACCACAAAGCUCAAAGUAAUGACAACUUGCCAGGUAAUAAUUCUCCCACCUCUCCGACCAGCUGUGUUUCCCUGCCCGAGUCUCCCAGCAGGAAAACCGAGAGCUAUGCCAUGAUUGAUUUUGACCGCACCGCCGCUCUGUCCAACGCUACCAGGCCAAAAGAGGACGAUGAAGGGGUGCGGAAAACGCGCCACAAUAGCACAAUCAGCGACAUGCCUUAGAAUGUGGAGUUUUGUGUCCAAGUUAUGAAAAUACUGUUACUUUAAGUGGUGCUGAUCAAAAUAGGAUUCAUUGAACACGCGUUAUGUGUUUAACAUAGAGGUAGCCAAUGUUUUUAUUAUAACUGUACUCUGUGUGUGUGUGGUGAAAUCAUUAUAGAUGUGUGAUGAGUGUGUUGUCUGACAAGAGCCUUGUCGUUGUUGAACAUUCCAGCAAGUUGUCCAGCUGCUGCGCACCUCUGUUUCCUGUUCAUUCUUUUCAGCAUGAACAUUGAACUAUACCAAAACACUGUUUCCCCAAUUCGAAUGUUCACAUUCCUUGAAAACAGUCCUCCCAUCCCCACCCACCCCUGUUUUCCAGCUUUCUCUGAAACCUAUUUGCUUACCAAAUAACUUGAUUUAAAAAAAGAAAAUGCUUUAUAGUCCAAUUUUUCUCUUAUGUUGAAUGUCAUUAACUGAAAGUUGUGUGUUAUUUCUGGUUGCUUUAAGUAUUUCUUAGAAUAAGUUUUGUUGUAUGUUUGAAUAAUAGAUCUAGCAAUGACACAGUUAUGUCACUAAACAUAGUCAGGUUCAUGCAACAUUUCCUGACCAAACAAAGAAAAGACUGCAGUCAAUUUUUGUAUUCAUGAUAAAAAUUCUGCUUUUUUAAAAAUGUAUUUGUAUUACUUAAGAUGAUUUCAUUCUUAGUUGUUGUUGUUUUUUUAUUAAAUGAUGAGGCCAUUAGAACUAUAGUGCCAUGCACUAAUUAAUUAUUUAAGAACCUUUUCAUGGAUUACCUGGUCAUUGCCAGUUAAAUAAUGUGGGCAGUUUAAAUCAGAAUUUUUCUCACCUGCUUGCUCUAUGGGUUUAGAUUUGUAAAAAUAUUAUUUGGUUCAUAAUCCUAGCACUGAUGUACAUUAUUUUUGCUUUCUUAUUCGGAGUUACGGUCUUGGGAAUUUCAUGUCAUAAAAUAAAGAAUUUAAUGAUUGCUUUCACUUCAAAUUAAACUUGUAUCCUGAGACAAGUUGGGACUAAAUUUCACCUUGUUUCUGAAACAAAUUCUACCUUCAUAUUCUCUGCUAUGAAAGACGUUUCAAGUUUUAUGCUGGAGAAAAGAAAAACAAGUACUUGGUAGUUGCUACAUUUCGAUCAAAUAAAAUACUGUUUGAAGAAAUGAGAUGAAGUGACAUGAGGUAAUGCAGUUGUUGAACAGUUGGGUCAAGAAACUUGUAUUUUUGUAUUUCAAUGACUAUUUUAUUUUGCUUUUAGAAUGUUGAUCUGGUAGAAUGUUUUCUGUGCUGUCUUUAGGGUUAGGGUAAACACAACUCUGCCUGAGACGGGUGUUGAACCUUGAGCUCCCUUCAUAGAUAGCCAAGUCAAGUUUGAGCGUACUUAGCCUCUCAACCACGCUUCCCACUUAAGACUUCCAAUUAAUUUUUUUUUUUGUAAAGGUUUUAAUUAUACCAUAUGGUCAAAUAUUUAUAAAACAUAAGUUUUAUCUAAUCUUGAUCAUACGAUAUUUCUUAGAUUUUACAGUGGCUGGGAUUUUAUUAUUAAUUUCACUAUCCAGAAUUAAAAUCACUUUUGAUCUUAUAAAACAAUAAAUAAUAGGACAUGAAUUAUUUCCCUUUAAUUUUAUACCAAAAUAACAUAUUUUUAUAACAAACAAAAAGUUCUUGAAGUUUUAUCUUGAUGAUUGGUUCAAGUCAAUAAUUCAUUUAGAAUGCUGAAAAUAAUUCUGGAGAGAGUGUUUUGUGCUUCAAGAAAGAGUGAACUUUGGAGGAUGAUGUCAUAAAUGGAAGUUAUUUUUUACAGUGUUUAUAUACAAGUUAAAUUUGAUGUAUUUAUGUUCAUGUAUCUUUUUAUGUAGUUAGGUCAGUUUUUUAUGUAUUAACCCUUAAAACGCCUGUGGUAGUUUAGUCUCUAAACAUCAAAAUUGUAAUUCUAUUUUGUAUGUACUCAAUGUAAAACAGCACAGCGCUUUAAGGGUUAAGUCAUAUUUUUUUUAUUUCACUUGUAAUUAGGCCAGUUAACUUGUUAACAUUGUUGUUGAUAAAUGUCUUUUUAAGUGUGAGUAAAUUGAAAGGGGUAGGGUCUUUUUUAUGUACACCAUCCACCAAACCAUUGCUAUUGUUUAAUGUCAAACAACAGCUGCCUGUGUUCAAAUGUUAUGCUGUGUGGCAGAAACCUUUAACACCACACAUUCAACUGCAUGUACAAUACAAUCAUACCCCAUAAAAGUAAAGUUUCUCUGUCAGACCUUGUGGUCUAUAGGGCAGAUGAUGCAAAGGUCAUCUGUUUCUGUGUCCUACGGUUAACAAGGGUGGCCAGCACAACCACCAACCGCCUUUACUUUUUCCCCAACUAAUGUCAGGUACCCUUUAGAGCUGGGUGGACUCAGAGGCACCCAAAGAUCCCAAAAUAAAAAAAUCCCAGUUUUUUUUCCAGAAUUAAAACCCAGGACCCCCGGCUCGGAAGCCAAAAACUUUACAGCUCAGCCACUGCGCCUUCCUACUAAUGGGUCACUGGUAGAUCUAUAUUAACUCUUUCAGUGCAAAUUAUUUUGAAAUAAUUAUUUAGAUUUAAAAAAUGGAGUUUUUAAACAUGUUGGUCCUGCAUCCAAUUUACUACCAGAAAAAAACAAAGAACAAUCACUCUCACAUUUGAAAAAUCAAAACAAAAAAAAGAGAAAAGUAAUAUUAAAAAGAUAGUGAAAUAAAUAUUAUGUACCAAGUUACUCCUUGAGAGAGUAAUGCCUCAUGGAAAGAGUUAGAAGGAAAGAAAUUGUUAUCUACAAUAGGUAGCCUGCCCUGUCAAGUGAACCCACAUUGAAAGCAGCUGUUACAUUGUUGAUUGAAAAACAUACUCCAACAGACUUGUCCUAAUCAAAAUGCAUUUAUUAUUCAAUUUACAUUUUAUAAAUAUAUACAAAUCAGAAGACAAAAAAAAAAAAGAGCUUAAUCGGCUUUUUCUCCGACCAACAAAUCUUGACUGUGUGUAUGUUUUAUAAAUUGUUAUAUUUCCAUUUACUGCAGUUGUUUAAAAAAAUUUUUUUUUUUCUAUUCAGUAUUAUAUUUGGAAUACUUGUCUUCAGUUAUUUCAAGUCAUUCUUCAUGGAGAAAUUAUUUGUUGAAAUUGUGACGCAACUCACUGCCUACAUGAACUUGGUUUCUAUGGAGAUAUUAACUUGUGUCGUUUUGUUUAGGCAUGUGAUGGGCAAUCAUCUGUGAAGUUUGACCAUUUUGUGUGUGUGUGUAAAGUUUCCUUUAUAUUUUAUAAAGACCAUGACAUGAUCAGAUGCUUAUUAUUAUGUGUUUAACAGGAACAUCUGUACUUUCCAAUUGUAACUACAACUAUGGCAAGAAAUGAUAUUGAAUUCAUUUUAAUUUCUUUUUCUAUUUUUGCUCCAAGGUGCUUACAGGCUCUAACAUAGACUUGCCAACUAACUUUUACACUAUGCUUUGUUGUGUCUGUCUCUCUAGCAGAUUUGCAAGUUACGAUUGGCACAGCCGUAAUUUGUGAUAAAUUACACACACUAUAUCUGACAAGCUGACAUUUUGUGACAUGAACACAGCGUGUUUAACACUGCCGUUGGCCAUCUCUGGACUAAUACUUGUUGACUUAUUAUUUUGUAGUGUGGGUUUGUUCACAGCUCAUGACACUAGCAACCUGUGAGGCUGAAUUUCACCUGAAAAUGCACAAAGUUACACAUCACUGAUGUGUUGUUUUGCUCACUUGCGACUCUGAAGGGUGUUGUGAUAUGAAUGACAUUAGUGAACACUCUGGUGUGUCCGCCAACUAAAGUUAGGAAGAAAGAUCCUACUGUGUAUGUUUUUAUAUUUUGUCAACUGAGAAGAUCUGGUUGAGAUGUGCAAUACAUUUUCCAGUCAUUAUUGUUUUUUUUUUCUUUCUUUUUACUUUGCUUUCCAUCAAGUUGAUUACUUGUGGUUGAUUUUUUGGAGUUUGAUUCCUUGCCCACCAAGAUUUGAUGCUUACAUUGGUGUUGUAAAUGAAACAUACUGCUGCUGGUUAAUCUGAACUAUUCUCUUCACAUUGUCAAAGAACAAGACUAAAAGAUCUGAAAGGAAGUGACAAACAGCCUGACCAGUUUACUUGCACUACAGGGAAUUUGGUUUGGAAAGGGGGGGGAGGGGUGUGAGGGAGCAACAAGUAUUCUGACUGAGCAUGUGGAUCAAUGAUGUAUUAUUUUCUUUAUGAGAACAUUUUUACAAAAGUGGCUGAUGAAAAGCUUUUGUUUGUUUUUUUUGAAUACUUUGUAAAUAACAGCUUUUUUUUUUUUAUUUUGUUGAUUUUAGGCUGUUUAAUGUUGACACCAUUUCAAGUACUACUGUUGUGAAUGCUUUUUUAGUUGUAACAUCUUGGUUCCUGUCUUUGAUAGGAACAAAGACUGCUGGCUUUUGUUAUUGUUUUUUUAAAUAGUUGUUUUAGUCAUAUUUACAGUUUGUUGUUUUUUAUAUAUACAUUUGAACUUUACCCCAAACUUUUAACCCUGAAUUCUGCCAAAGUUAAAAAUAAUUUUGUAUUGGUUACCUAAACAUGAGCCAAUGUACGUUUGGUGCAGUGCUUCUCAAACUUUUACAAUCCCUAAACUAGAAAAUUAACACUCACACCCCAACUAGAGGGCUUAGAGCAGUGCAAAGCCUUAGCACCAUGCUUUCCUGUAUACAGUUUUAGAAAUGCUUGUCCUGAUUUCUAUAGUGCAAUUUCUUCUUAUAUGUAGCAAUCCUGUUUUGUUCACCCAUAAGAAGGCAUCACCAGAGAGAGGAUACAGUGAGAAAGAUUUACUAUGAUGAGAAAGAGAGGUAGAAUCCCAUGGGUAGAGGCUUAUUAAAAUGUGUAAUUAUUUUUUUUCAUUGAUCUUGUUGCAUGUUCUAAUAAUAAUUAUUUAUUUAUAAAGCGCUGUUAACAAACAAAAUGUAGGCUCAAGGCGCUGUAAUAACAUUACAAACACAAACACGACAACUAAAAUGACAAACUAAUCUAAAAAAGUUUUAAACAGAUAGGUCUAAUGUUCUUCUUAAAAGUGGUAUACCAUGUUGUCUGUCUGAGAUCAAUGGGUAUUGAGUUCCAAACCUUUGGUCCGUGCACUGAAAAAGCCAGCAGACCGUAGCUUUUGAGAAAAUUAUAUAAAAAGAUGAUAUUGUGUUUUUAAAUUAAAAUUAUUUGUUAAAUUUUUUUUAAAAUUUCAUUUUAAGUGAUCACUACAGACACUACAGACUUUUAUUGUUUCUUUAUUGUGGGCACUAGUUUAGGGUAAUGGUUAGAUUCAGGAAUUGAUUUAGUCAAAUCCAAGCAUAUGCCAGAAGAUGAUUAGUUGUGACUUUUAUAAAUCUAUACAAGUCCCUUGAUUUCCAUCUGGUUGUGGUAAUGAUUUUAUUUCUUUGAUUUAUUUUCUUUGUAACUGUUUUAUUUUAUUUGAAAUUAAAAUGUGCCUUUAUUGUAGUGUAUUGUUAAGUAUUUCAGUUGGUCUAUAUAUAAUUUAAUGGCUUUAAUUUCUAUGUACCAAAAUUUGAUUUUACCAUGCUUGCAAGCUGUAUGUGGAAACUGAUCGUUUUUAAAUUGACCUCGUGUGUACCUCAUCUGCUUCAUAUUUCAAAGGUCAAUGUUACGAUCAAAUAUUUUUUUUUUGUUGUCAUUGGACAUUGUUGUGUAUAUUUAUUUUGUUUUGUUUCCAAGAUCUGGUCAGUAUGCAGUGACUCCCUUGUUACUUCACUGUGCAGUUAUUUAUUUCUAAUUUUUCUAGACUUCUAGCAGUCCUACUACGAUUUGUUUUUGAUAUGGUGCGCUACAAGCGUUGAUUGCAUUUAUACUGGGCUGUAUUGAAUCUGUACUCAUGGUCAUAAUGUUACAUUGGGAAGUCAAUUCUGUGUUUAUAUAGCAAGUAAUAGUUUUUUUGUUUUUGAUUUCAGGAAUCUUAAUUGUAAUUGUUUCAUGUCAUGUGACUUUCUAUUCAAACUAACCAUGUGAGUGGAGAAAACAAUAAACACAUUUUGCUGGAAAAUUGUUUCUAUGAAUAAAUGCUUUGUUUUCUUUACAUGACACAAUGAAAAAAAAACUCACUGGAAAUAACAGACAUAGUUAAAUUUG